AUGUCAGCCAAAGGGUUUCGCUACGUUCCGCUUGGCUCCCAACCUGGCGGCUUCCGUCUUCUCACACUCUUACCGGGCAGCCCAGAUACGCUACUGCAUUGUCAAUUGUCCAACUCUAAUCUCACCACCCGCCCCAUCUACGACGCGCUAUCCUACGUCUGGGGUAAGCCCUCGAGUCCCAAUGACUCGACCAAUGUCCUAGUUCUCGAUGGACAUCACUUCCCGGCUACGGUGAACCUCGUUUCAGCCUUGCGACACCUGCGUCCACCUGUCGGAGAGCACCCAAUCACCCUGUGGGUAGAUGCCGUGUGCAUCAAUCAGGAAGAUCUGAAUGAGCGAAGCCAGCAAGUUUCGAUGAUGCGGGAUAUCUACGCAUCAGCGGAAAGAGUUGUGAUAUGGAUUGGAGAGGAAGGUGAUGGCAGCAAUGCCGUGUUUGAUGCGUUGCCAGUGAUUGUUGGGCCAGACGGACAACAAGGCACUGAAAGGUUGAGCCUGAUGCGUGAAUGCAGCAGCUUCUUCAUUAGCAUCGCGGAUCGCCGUCCAUGGUUCUCACGCACUUGGAUUCUUCAAGAGCUAGCCAUGGCCAAGCAAGAUCCCUUGGUGGUUUGUGGAUGGAAGUCUGCGCCAUGGUCGUUAUUCAUCAAAGGAUGGGUGGCUAUUGCAAGAGAAGCAUUCUCGGAAAUGGGCCUAGUCCGUGAAAAAGGGCCAAAGCGAGAAGGAGGUGCCGACCACAGCCCUGGCACUGGCGGUGACUUUCAGAUGGUUGCGUUGAUGAAGCUCGACGUCUUGAAUGAACUCAGAGAGGAGGCCAUGCGGACUCAGGGCGGGGAGAGUCUGAGGAAACUACUGAUGAUUUCAAGGUCCUCAGAGGCCACCGACCCAAGGGACAGAAUCUAUGGACUUCUUGGAAUGCUCAAAACGGAUGGUCUUGGCACGACCAUCCCCGUUGACUACCACAAGCCCACCGCCGCAGUUUAUUCUGAUGCCAUGGCACACAUCUUCUCUCAAGGAGAAGGCCCAUACUUCCUGUCAGGAGUAUGGCUUCCAGGAGUUUCUGCUGCCGCUCCUCGCAUUGACUCGCUUCCACCAACAGUGGACCAGCCAAAUCUUCCAUCUUGGGUUCCCGAUUUCUCGCGCCAGAUGGCCGGCAAGGCAACACAGACAAGCGGCAUUCACUUCCAUCCUCCAGCAGGAAUCGGUGCCUCUGGGGCUGGAGCGGAUUGCAACAACGGAAAGAGGCUGGACGAUGAAAGAACACUACAGGUGGAGGGACUUUUUGUCGACGUAAUCGAUCAGGUCAUAUCAUUGGGAAGGUCUCUCGAUUCAUGCAUCGAGAAACUACCUGCUCUGGAGGCUGUGGUGUCUGAAGCUAGGCAACGACCCUGUCAGCUUAACCCCACGAUCGCACCCUUUAUAGAGCAGUUCAAGAGAAAGGAGCCGUUGUGGAGAAUCUUGAUCUCGAACAAGCGCCUGAGGUCUGGCUACGAUCCCGCCCCUUCGUCUUACGAGGACAUGUAUCUGAGCCUCCUUAACCGAAAUGCCACAAAAGCUGACCCAAGCAACAACAACCAGCAAAACGAGUACGAGCUGUGCUUGAAGCAAGGCAUCGGCAAGCGAUCUCUCUUCGUCUCUAAGAGCGGGUUUGUAGGCACUUGUGUGGCGGAAAGUUGUGUGGGAGACACUAUUGCCGUUGUGUUUGGAUCACCGGUGCCUUUCAUCUUGCGCCUUGUACCAGGGUCAGAAACGGGAAGAAAAACUUAUUCGCUCGUUGGCGGUUCAUAUGUCGGCGGUAUUAUGAGUGGUGAGAUGGUAGACGAACUUUACUGCGAGGAUUUGAUGGAUUCUACCACGUUUUUUAUUCAAUAG